UCACAUCAUUCCUACAAACGAAUUCAAAAAAUUAUUGUAAUCAUAACAUACGAUUUAAAUAUUUCAAUUAAUUAAAUGACCCGUUUUUUAUUUUUGUCCGCUGUUUCGAGUUGCUUGAAGAUAAAUUUUUCCACAGCUGCUAUUAGUAUGGCACUCCGAAGCGUAGACUUUGAAGUGUAUGGCCGGGUUCAAGGCGUAUUCUUUAGAAAGUUCACAAAAGAGCAAGCAGAGAAAUUGGCACUGAAGGGCUGGUGUCGUAAUACUUCUCGCGGGACUGUCGAGGGACAGGUUCAGGGUCCGUCGGAAAAAGUCGAUGAAAUGAUGCAUUGGCUAAAAACCACGGGAAGUCCGAGUAGUAAGAUUGAAAAAGCAGAUUUCAGAAACGGCAAAGAUAUAUCCGAAUACAAUUUUAGCAAUUUCGAAAUUCGACGCGAUGAUUAGAAUACAUAUAUUUAUAGUUUAGAAUACUUAUUUAUUUAAACAAAAGACGAAGUCUUUUAAUGACAUUAUUUCGAUGUGUAGUUUGUUCCAAACAAUGUUUUAUUAAAAUGUAUGCUUUCAACUAA